AGACGCAGCUUCCUCCUCUCGCCGUCACAUCAGGGUUUUCCGUCGCGCUGCUCGGAUUGAAGGCGAUUUAUUUAUUUCAUUAAUCGUUAUAUAACACACACCGACUUAAUACACACACACACACACACACACACCAGACACACACACACACGCGCGCUCCUGUGUCGCUCACACGGAUCGUCCUCCACCAACCAGCGCAUCUAAAGCAACUUGAAGCGACAGCGCUGACCUGGAUAACCACCGAGCCUGCGUCCCACACUGAGCCCGUCUUCUCCAGGACUCUCAGACACAGCAGCGGACGGACAGCACCCAUCAGCAGCCUGUGACCUUAAGGAGCAGCAUCAGCAUCCAACAUCCCCUCCAUCCUCCCCCCAUCCUCCUCGUCCUCCUUUGACACAGCCGACAUGGCGGACCCCGGUGUCACAUCUCCCUCUGGGACUCCGCUGCGUUCCCCCAGCGCCUCCCUCACACUGUCCUUCCCCUUCCUGAGGGAGAGGAGCCGGGUGUGGGAGGAAGGGAAGGAGCCACCUUUGCCACGGGACCUGCCCAGCCCACUGCCCACCAAACGGAAUCGCACCUAUUCAGCCACAGUACGUGCCAACUCAAGUCCAGCGUUUAAGGGCGUGUGUAAGAACUUCUCCAGGUCACAAGGUCACGGCUUCAUCCGGCCCUCCCACGGCGGCGAAGACAUCUUUGUUCACAUCUCAGACAUUGACGGCGAGUACGUCCCGGUCGAGGGCGACGAGGUCACGUACAAAGUGAGCCGGGUCCCGCCCAAGAACCUGAAGGUGCAGGCGGUGGACGUGAAGAUCAUACAUCUCAACCCAGGGACGAAACACGAGACCUGGUCCGGGCAGAUCAUCAGCUCGUAGAACUGGAGUGUCGGGCCUGGUGGGUGGGGUGGGGGUGGUAGAGGUUCCCUGGGACUGGUAUCAUUCUGUUCUCUGUUUGACCUACACAGCACAGUGUGCAGUGUUAGUAAGUGCCAAUCAUUCAGUGGUGGCUGGUGACGACAGAGCUGAUAAACUGUCUGUUUACGACACCGAGGACUUUGCUGUGUACGUGAAACUGACCAUUCAUUCAUCGUC